AUGUCGUCUUUCCUCCGCUCCGCCAGUAGGCUGCGGCCCACAGUCUCUAGGGCCGUUGCCCGCCCCAGCUAUGCACCGGCUGUCGCCACGCCCUUCAGCAGACAGUUGGCUUCCAGUACGCAGCCGUUCAUUAAGGAUGAGCCCAGUGCGCCCACGCUCAAGUGCCAGAUUCCUGGUCCGGAAAGCUCAAAGGCUAUCGAGAAGCUCAGCAAGGUCUUUGACACCCGGAGCUUGAACAUGAUGGCCGACUACCGGAACAGCCAUGGAAACUACAUCGCAGACCUGGACGGCAACGUUCUCCUUGACGUCUACGCUCAGAUUGCCUCUAUUCCCGUCGGUUACAACAACGAAGCGCUUCUCCGUGCUGCGUCUUCUCCGGAGAUGGCCAGCGCCAUUAUCAACCGUCCUGCGCUCGGCAACUUCCCUCAACACGACUGGGCAGAGAUUCUUGAGACUGGUAUACUGAAGGUUGCUCCGAAGGGCCUGAACCAAGUCUUCACUGGUCAGUCCGGCUCCGACGCCAACGAGUUGGCGUACAAGGCGGCCUUCAUGUGGAAGAGGCGCAUGGAGCGUGGUGGACCCGAUGUUGAGUUUACGGAGGAGGAGAUGCAAUCUUGUAUGAACAACGCCAAGCCUGGUGCUCCAGAACUCUCCAUUCUUUCUUUCAAGGCUGGCUUCCACGGCCGUCUCUUCGGUUCCUUGUCCACCACCCGCAGCAAACCUAUUCAUAAGCUUGACAUUCCCGCCUUCGACUGGCCCCAGGCGCCCUUCCCUAGCUGCAAGUACCCGCUCGACCAGUACGCCAAGGAGAAUGCGGAGGAGGAGAAGCGUUGCUUGGAGGAGACUGAGCGCCUGCUCACCACCUACCACAACCCUCCUGCUGCCAUCAUCAUCGAGCCCAUUCAGUCUGAGGGUGGUGACAACCAUGCUUCUCCUGCCUUCUUCCGCGGCCUGCGCGAGAUCACCAAGAAGCACAAGGUCCUUAUGAUCGUUGACGAGGUCCAGACCGGUGUUGGUGCGACUGGCAAGUUCUGGGCACACGAGCACUGGAACCUGUCUGAGCCUCCCGACAUGGUGACCUUUUCCAAGAAGGCUCAAACCGCUGGCUACUAUUUCGGCAACGAUGAGCUGCGCCCCAACAAGCCAUACCGCCAAUUUAACACCUGGAUGGGCGACCCCGCUCGCGCCCUCCUCUUCCGCGCCAUCAUCCAAGAGAUUGAGCGCCUCAACCUCGUCGAGAACACUGCCGUCACCGGAGAGUACCUGUACAACGGUGUGGAACGCCUGGCUCAGCAAUACCCCAAGGAAAUCCUCAACCUCCGUGGUAAGGGCCAGGGCACCUUCAUCGCCUGGGACAGCCCGCGUCGGGACGACAUUCUCAAGAAGGCCAAGUCGGUGGGCAUUAACGUCGGUGGCAGCGGUGCGUCGGCGGUCCGGCUGAGGCCGAUGCUCAUCUUCCAGAAGCACCACGCCGACAUUUUCCUGGAGGGACUGGAGAAGAUUCUUAAGAGCUAG